AUGACCACCCCUGUCGCACCCGCUCAUUCGAACGGCGCAGCAUCUCGCUCCUCGCUAGCCUGUCUGCCGUGCCGCUCGAGACACUUGAAGUGCGACGGAAAACGACCUCAUUGCGAUAGAUGUGCUGCCGCCGUGAAGGACUGCCAAUAUGCCCCAUCACGCCGGGGCGGCUUGGAUCGUGCAGCGCUUGCUGAACGAAGAAAGCGCCUUGCUGUCGCACAUAGUGUCGGCAACAGCAGUUCCGAAUCACCAACGAGUCUCCCGUCGCAGCAAUCAACAGAUUCACAGAUAUUCGGCCAAGACUCUCUUGCUGAGUUGAACCUUGAACUAAAUCCUAACUGGAUUGAACGACUCAGACCAUUGAUAAGCACUAUGCAUCUUGUAGGACACAUUUACGCUACUAGAAAAUGGUCUUCAGAGCUCCAAGAUGACGUCGAAAGCCGGCUUUCUGAGCCAGCGCCGAACGACCCGGUCAUUGCACAAUGCCGGCUACUCUACUCGGUCGCCCUGUUCUGGUACAGCCAUAAGUCCGAGGCUAAGCAUCAGAUGGACCUCGCAGUCCGUUUAGCCCUCGACCUGCAAAUGUUCCAAAAAGAGUUCGCAGCAACUCAUGGAGCCGAGUCUCCUGUGUUGAUGGAAUGCUGGAGGCGGACGUGGUGGAUGCUGUACAUCAUCGAUGCUUACUACGCUGGGACUCUCGGGACAAUGAACUUCGCAGUCGUGGACGUAGACUCCAGCGUAGAACUACCCUGCACGGAGUCAGAAUACGAAUCUGGGGACAUCCCGGAACCGCAGACUCUCGAAGAUUUCGACCUCCGCGAGUUCGCUUCGGAGGAUACGUCCUACUCUUCCUUUGCGUACCUCAUCGGCGCUGUAAGAUGCGCUGCCCUAGCAAUAUCUACGACACCGAAGUUGGUUGCCAGAGAGGACUCUAUGCGUAUGAUUGAAGAAGCAGACUCAAUCAUCGACGGCUGGUCAUUACUGCUCCCAGAAGAUCGUCGCCAUGUCAUGUCCAAAACCGGAGAGAUUGAUGAGCUAAUGUUCCAGGCUCAUCUCUUGGUCAACGUGGCAACCAUCGGUUUACAUCGACCUCUCUCAGACCUGAGAUUCAAUCCCGUAGAAGACAUCUCUAGCUGUGCAAGGGAGCCUCCUCAAGAAAAUCCCGAGACGGAACUUGUCAAUGUGCAUACCGUGAGAGUUCUUCGGGCAGUGCAAGCACAGGUGAGGCUAUUAACGUUACCAACCGAACGGUUCCAUCACACUCCAUUCACCACCUGUAUGAUAAGUGAAGGUACAUUGGCGCUGCUAUCGGCCUGCAGUUUUCUACUCAAGGGAAAAGAGCUCGCUGUCGCGCGAGAUCAGAUCCGGAUGACGAUCGGUUGCCUCAAGACUUUGGGGCAAGUGUGGCCCAGAACAGCCAAGAACGUACGGGAGAUCCAGACGAUUGCUCAGCAUGUACUUCGUCUCAAACCCAGGCUGAAUGGGGAGAGGGCUGCCACAGAUACUGCCGGAAGUCUUGCCGUGACUGAUAAAGGCGAUGCGGCGAAUUCGAAUUUCCAGACCAAUAUGUCAAGCGGCGAGAGUGAGGUGUUCGCCUCGCUGGGUACCAUGGAUGAUGUUUGCAGGUGGUAUAACAUCGAGAGCAUUGGUUUGUAG